CCCAGUGUCCUCCUCUCCUUCCCUUCCUCGGGCAUCAGAGCUGAGACCUCACGGAGCUCAGAGCCCAGCUCACCAGGACCUCAGCUAGAGGGCCUGCCAUGGCACCCCCCAGGCCCCUUCUGCUGCUGGUCCUGCUGGCCCCACUAGUUCUGGCUGAUCAAGAGUCCUGCAAGGGCCGCUGCACUGAGGGCUUCAACUCAGAGAGGAAGUGUCAGUGCGACGAGCUCUGCUCUUACUACCAGAGCUGCUGCCCCGACUACACAGCUGAGUGCAAGCCUAAAGUGACGCGUGGAGAUGUGUUCACCUUGCCUGAGGACGAGUACGGGACCUAUGACGACCACGAGCAGCCCAAAAACGCCAGUGUCCCUGAGCAGCCCGUGAGCCCUGACCAGCUUGAGGGGAAUACUGAGCAGGGGGAGCAUGUACAGACUGGGGGGGAAACCCUAGAACCUAUCACCUCUAAUCAAGAGAUCUUCGAGACCCCAGCCGAGGAGGAGCUGUGCAGUGGGGAGCCCUUUGACGCCUUCACUGACCUCAAGAAUGGUUCUCUCUUUGCCUUCCGAGGGAAGUACUGCUAUGAGCUGGAUGAAAAGGCAGUGAGGCCUGGGUACCCCAAGCUCAUUCAAGACGUCUGGGGCAUUGAAGGCCCCAUAGAUGCUGCCUUCACCCGCAUCAACUGUCAGGGGAAGACCUACCUCUUCCAGGGUAGUCAGUACUGGCGCUUCGACGAUGGUGUCCUGGACCCCGGCUACCCUCGCAACAUCUCCGAAGGCUUCAAGGGCAUCCCAGACGAUGUGGAUGCGGCCUUCGCCCUUCCUGCCCACAGCUUCCGUGGCCAGGAGCGGGUCUACUUCUUCAAGGGGGAGCAGUACUGGGAGUACGAGUUCCACGAGCAGCCCAGUCAGAAGGAGUGUGGAGACAGUUCCCCGUCGGCCGUGUUUGAGCACUUUGUGGUGCUGCAGCGGGACAGCUGGGAGAACAUCUUUGAGCUUCUCUUCUGGGGCAGAUCUUCUGGUGGUACCAGACGGCCCCAACUCAUCAGCAAGGGCUGGCCCGGGGUGCCCAAGCAGGUGGAUGCAGCCAUGGCUGGCCACAUGUACAUCUCGGGCUUGCCCACCCGCUCCUCCCGGGCCCAGAAGCUCAAGUCUAGGAGUCGCAGCCGCAAGCGCUACCAUUCCCGCCGUGGCCGUGGCCGCAGCCAGACCCCCCGCCGACCAUCCCGCUCAUUCUGGCUGUCCUGGUUCUCCAGUGAGGAGAGCGGACUGGGAGACGACAACUAUGACCACCUCGGGGUGGACUGGCUUGUGCCGGCCUCCUGUGAACCCAUCCAGAGCGUCUACUUCUUCUCGGGAGACAAGUACUACCGGGUCAACCUCCGCACGCGGCGAGUGGACACUGUGGACCCCCCCUACCCACGCCCCAUUGCCCAGUACUGGCUUGGCUGCCCAGCUGCUGGCGGCAAGUAGGAGCUGGAGCCCACACAGCUGGACCCUCCAUAGCUCCCCCUCCAACUUCCUUCCCCACCCCAAUAAAGGUUCCUUGGCCCUGA